GAGGCGAUGGACAACGUGUUCCAGGACUGCUUCAACAUGGGCCAAAUGGCGACUGAUACGAUUGAGGUUCCUGAUGGCCCUACAACACCAGAACCAGUUGCGCCUGGUGCUUGCGCUGUGCCCUGCAUGGAGGGUGAUCCCUUUGCCGUCAGAGACACAUGCGCCGCGCCGGAAGUGGUGGAGGAUUCCUUUCCCGACACGCUUGUGGACCCACUUCCUCAAGAUGCACCUGGGAUGCCAAUCGAUGAAGUCCAGGACUCAGCGGAACCAAAAAGGAAUCCAAAACGGCAGUCUGGGGACGAUCUUUGUGGGGAAGAUCUUUGGGUGCGAAUCAACAGGUGCAAGUGGUCAUCUGUGCGCUUUGUCGACCUUCGGCCAAGUGCUCGGAGUGACAAGGGGCAUGGAGAACCAGUGCGUGUGAAAACAGAAACUGGUGGUGAUGAGUCAGGGAACAAUGGGCUUGAGAUUGUGGCUUCUGAGUUGGGUGCAGUGGAGGUUGCUGAGCGUGCUCCUUCAGAAUCAGCAUUGAAGCAACCAAAUGACUUUGACUUUGUCGGGCCAAAGCUUGAUCUUGGAGCUGCGAAGGAGGAGGCCACCAGCUUACAUGGAGCUGCCUUGAGCAAGCCUUCCUCAGUUAGUGUGCGCGAGGCGCACGAGGGUGGUGGUGGAGCUGCUGCUCCUUCGGCAGAGACUUCAGAUGCCAAGGAUGUUGACACUAAACCGAAGGUCAAGUCUCCGCAGCUUGUGGAUGAGGACACCCAGAAAUGGUGCCAAGAGGUGCGAGAGGAUACCGACGACUACAAAUUGAUCUUUUACUGGACACGGCGGGGGGUUGCCGUCCAGAGGAGGAAGGACAAGAAGCAGGUUUGGUCCAUCAAGGCUACGACAACCCAGAGCUUUUGCGUGUAUGUCUUCUUGGCGAAUGCAGUUGCUGCCUAUUUGCAGCGAUCCAAUGGCUCUCCAGAUGGCCUGGAGGCGAUGGUGGAUGAGGAGCUGAAGCGCCUUUCAACGGCAGUGCUCCGUCUUCCAGGGGCUCAAAACUGA